GAGAAAGUUGCAUUCCGCUACAGACGAGUAAAAGAACUGUACAAUACUUACAAGAACAAUGUAGGAGGACUUUUUGGCCCAGCUAAGAGAGAGGCCUGGCUUCAAUUGCGAGCAGAUCUUGAAGUCCUGACAGACUCCUGGCUCUCAAAUGCACUUAAAUCACUAUCACUCAUUAACACAAGGAGUAAUAGUGUCAAUGUCUUGGUGACGACAACACAGCUUAUUCCAGCACUUUCAAAGGUUUUGCUAUAUAGUCUAGGAGGAGUAUUCCCAAUUGAGAAUAUUUAUAGUGCAACAAAAAUAGGGAAAGAAAGUUGCUUUGAACGCAUAAUACAGAGGUUUGGCAGAAAAGUAGUAUAUGUUGUAAUUGGGGAUGGUGUAGAAGAAGAACAGGCAGCAAAAAAGGUAAAAAGUCUUACUGUGUGCCAUUCACAUUGUAUUUGUGUGUUUGUAUAUGUAUCAGAAUAA